AUGCGCUCAAAUAAAAACGCGAGAUUAGCCAGCAGCAUGUAGCAACGCCGGGAGUCAGUUUGAGCCUAGAUGCAACACAACUUUGCACAAGCGACGGUGGGGACGCUGCUCCCCAACUGACAAUGCCCUCUUGUGCCGUUAGCUGGACUGAGCCGUGGUAGGCUGUGAAGACAUAUAUGUAAAGUGCCACCAUUCAGCAUUGGCCCGCUUCCGCGCCGAAACUUUUAUUCCCUCAACACCUGGGGUCUUAGCAUCAACCGUUAGCUUCUCAGUUCUGUGCCUUCAGGGGCGGCGCAAACAGUCCUUACAAUGGCAAGGCUAAGAUCUGUAACGCUGGGUGCCUUCAUGACACUGUUCUCACCAUGGGCAUGUUUGGUUUUUGGACUUGCUGUCGACGUUGCGGGCCAUAGUAGUCAAGUGGCUGCACGGGCAGACCCGAACUUGGCUGGUUACUUGGGCGUCUUCUUUCUCGGAGCUGACCCGUACGUCUACUUUUAUCUCAGCAAUGGAAACAACCCUGUCUCCUUCAGGGCCUUGAAUGGAGGCUCGCCAAUCAUAAAGCCAACGAAAGGCACCGGGGGAGUCCGAGACCCGACCAUUAUUCCAGGAGGUGGAAGCGAAGCCGGCAAGAAGUGGUACAUCAUCGGGACAGAUCUAGACAUUGGCAAGACAACGUGGGAUGCGGCGCAGCGAACCGGAUCAAGAGGGAUCUUUGUGUGGGAAAGCACCGACUUGAUUAACUGGGGUAACGAAAGACUCGUCGAGGUGGAAGAUGCCACCGCCGGCAUGGUUUGGGCUCCAGAGGCAAUCUGGGAUCCCGCGAAAGGCCAAUACCUGGUUCACUGGGCAUCCAAAUUCUACUCGACCUCCGACCCGAGCCACACCGGCUCUCCUUCCAACAUUCGCAUCCGCUACGCCUACACCAGCGACUUCAAAACCUUCACCUCCCCGCAAACCCUCAUCGACAAAAACCCCACUAAUAUCAUCGACUUGACUAUUCUCCCGAUCAAUGGCACGGACUCGAACUCCUUCCUUCGGUUCAUGAAAGACGAGACACGUAAAACAGUCUUUGUCGAGGUCUCCGACACCGGGCUCUUCGGCACGUGGACUAGGCCAGGCGGCGAUUCGGCAAUCAUCCAGCAGGGCGUAGAGGGUCCGGCGGCGUACUGGGACAACACAACUCCGGGGAAAGCACACCUUCUGCUGGAUUUUUACGGGCAGGACGGUUACAGGCCGUUUGAGAGCACCAAUCCGGGCAGCAACAGCGGAUGGACAGGAAGCGAUAGGUCGGCAUUUCCAACGAAUUUGAGGCAUGGGAGUGUGUUGCCGGUGGAUCAAGCGGCUUAUGAGACGUUAAACGCGCGGUGGGGUUAGGGACGGGUGUGUGAAAGUAGUCUGGCUUGAAUAUGGCUGGGUUGGGAGGUGGUGCUAAGAUGCAAAAUUUACUUCAGGGGUUCUCGAAGGUACAGGCUUCCGUGGACCAAGUUGCUUCCCAGGUCGGAACUUGAGAGAAAGUGAGAAAGGGGCGGCCCAAACAGUCCAACACGGCGCU